CUCCACACCGAGGAUUGGCGACAGGCAAAGUCUAAGGCAGGUCUUGUCUAGGAAGAGAGCUCCUACCACGGUGAUGGAAUUGCAAAUUGCGAGGUCCGGGGUGCCCCUCGAUCACGUCGAACGCUAUAUCUCGAAAACUCACCAGUGGCCUCCAAAUUAUAUCUCACAAGACCCUCACCAGGUUGCACCAUUCAUAGAAUCGAAAACCUGCAGUGUGGUCUGACCAACAUGGCGCCGACUCUUCCAUCGCUCUCUGUCACAGGGUUUGCUAUUGCGGCCUUGGUGAUUGCCCUUAUAUAUCGUCUGUCACAAAUUGGAAGUCGGGACAAAAGACUGCCACCAGGCCCGCCCACGAUCCCUAUCUUGGGAAAUCUGCACCUCGUGCCCAAGACCGGCCUUGGAAAGAAGCUGAAAGAAUGGGGAGAGACAUACGGAGGUGUCUUUUCUCUCAAGUUCGGCGGCGGUACUGUGAUCAUUCUGUUCGAUCGAAAGGCCGUGCAUCAUCUCCUCGACAAGAAAGGAGUAAUCUACUCCGAAAGACCAGAGAGUUACGUUCCAAACCUUGUCACAGGUGGCGACAGCUUCGCGUUCAUGAACAGCACACCUCUAUGGAGAGCUGAAAGAAAGGUGGCCGUCCAUAAUCUUUCGCCAAAAAUGUUGGAGGACAAGGUUGGCCAUAUUCAAGAUGCAGAAUCUGUCGUGCUUCUCGCAGAUAUACUUAACAACCCAGACGGCUACUACAACCAUAUCAGGCGUACAACUUCAUCUGUGGCGAGUGCUGUGGUGUGGGGACAUCGAGGUCCGACCAUGAAAAGCUUUUGGGCUCACGCUGUCUACGAUGCCAUGGACAACUAUUCUGCCGCUCUCGAGCCAGGUGCAAACCCGCCAGUGGACGAGUUCCCUUUCUUAAAGUGGUUCCCUGGUACAUGGAAGAAGCGUGCCAUAGGCUCAUACAAAUGCAUGGACGACACUUGGAAUGAAGCCAGGCGUAGAGUUGACGCACGAAGGGCAAAAGGCAUCAAGCGAGAUGCCAUCAUCGACUCCAUACUAGACGGCGAAAAGCACAGCGAUCUGUCCAACGUGACCCCGAAACAGAUGAAUCAUUUCUUGGGUGUCGUUGUCGAAGGUGGAGCAGACACUACCGCGUCUGCCACUUUGACCUCGAUGAUGUAUCUGGCUCUGCACCCUGAGUUCCAAGACAAGGCUCGCAAGCAGCUGGACGCUGUUUGCGGAACAAGCAGACUUCCGGCUAUCACCGAUUUCGAGGCCAUACCCUACAUAAAUUGUAUCAUCAAGGAGGCUAUGAGAAUCCACCCGGUUCUUCCUCUCGGUGUUCCUCAUCGAGUGAAUCAGGACGAUUGGUUCGAUGGCAUGCUGAUCCCCAAGGAUGCUACUGUUAUCCUUCCGAGCUGGGCCAUGCACUUGAGUGAAACCCAAGGCUAUAAGGAUCCAGAGGCGUACAAUCCUGACAGGUUCCUCGACUUCCCCAGGAUGGCAGACAGCUACGCUGGCAGCCCCGACUGGCAAAAACGAGACCACUACGGCUAUGGAGCCGGACGUCGUAUCUGCCCCGGAAUUCAUCUGGCUGAGAGGACCCAAUGGCGCCUCAACGCAAGACUCUUGUGGGCUUUCGAUAUCCUACCAAAGAUUGAUCCCCAAACUGGCAAGCCAAUGCCUAUUGACGUGAACAACUACCACGAGGGCAUCGCCCAUGGUCCUGCUGAAUUUCCGGUUGUUUUCAAACCGAGAAGUCAAGCUCAUAUCGAUGUCAUCAGGAGAGAAAUGGCCGAUGCCGAACAGUUUUUGAAGGCUUGGAAUGAUUAGACGUAGGGAAACAAG